AUGCGUCCCAAGCAACAUGAACCCACCCGCCGCGGCACCGGCACCGGCACCAUGAACAACAAGAAGAAGAAAUCGCACCCGCACCACCACCACAAAAAGCCCCCCAAAUCCAUCCUCAAGAACCGCAAGCCACCAACCCCAACAACCAGCGCCGCCGCCGCCGACGCCGACGCGCCCAUCCCCCCCACCGAAGCCGACCUCCCUCCCGCCGAAGCCGACCCCCCUCCCGCCGCCGCCGCCGCCGACAACGAACCCCCCUCCCACGACCGCAACAGCGCCGACGCCCACUCCCCCCCUCCCACCAUCGCCACCAACUCCAAGCGCGCGUGCCAGCUGCUCCUGCGCAUCAAAGCCGACCAGAGCCCCGUCGCGGCCUUUUUCGGCAUCGCGCGGCUCAAGGGCGCGGCGGCGGAGCUGCACCGGCUGCUGGCCGAGGAAGGGGAGCGCGUGCGGACGGGGGAGAGGGACGUGCGGAGGUUGUUGCGGUUGCGUGGUGGGGGCGUGGGGGAGAUUAACAAGGGGGGUGGGGGUGGGGUGAGGGAGUGGGAGUGGUUGGAGCGGGAUGAGGAGGUUUUGGGGAAGACUGUGCAAACGAAGACGGAAUUUGUAUCCAUCAACAGCCAGUUCAACAAGAUCGUCGUCACGCCACUGGAGAAGUCUUUCCGGAACCACGGCCGCUCGCAACCGGACUAUGGCCACCUCCGCAGACAGGCGGAACUGCUGCUGGAGCAGGCGCGCGAGGCGCGCAACGCGCUGAAGACGGCGGUCAAAGAUGCGAAGAGGAGGAAUUCUUCAGCAAGCGAGGACGUCGAGCCGGAUCCGCUGCAGUUCAAGAUUCCGGUUCAGCAUAGGAAGCGGCGCAAGAGGCAUUCGCAGGGGAGGAAGAAGCUUUAG